AUGAGAGAAAUCCUGCACAUUCAGGGAGGUCAGUGCGGGAACCAGAUCGGGUCCAAGUUCUGGGAGGUCAUCUGCGACGAGCACGGCGUGGACCCGACCGGAAAGUACAAGGGCGAUGGGUCGUCCGACACGCAGCUGGAGAGGAUCAAUGUCUACUUCAACGAGGCGUCCGGCGGGAGAUACGUGCCGCGGGCGGUGCUGAUGGAUCUGGAGCCAGGGACCAUGGACUCCAUCAGAUCCGGCCCAUACGGGCAGAUCUUCAGGCCCGACAACUUCGUGUUCGGGCAGUCCGGGGCCGGGAACAAUUGGGCCAAGGGGCAUUAUACAGAGGGCGCGGAGCUGAUCGACGCCGUGCUCGAUGUUGUCAGGAAGGAGGCCGAGAAUUGCGAUUGCUUGCAAGGAUUCCAGGUAUGCCACUCGCUCGGAGGAGGCACAGGCUCUGGCAUGGGCACCCUCUUGAUCUCGAAAAUCCGAGAGGAAUAUCCGGACCGAAUGAUGCUUACCUUUUCUGUUUUCCCUUCACCUAAAGUCUCGGAUACUGUGGUUGAGCCUUACAAUGCUACACUCUCGGUCCACCAGCUGGUUGAGAAUGCUGACGAGUGUAUGGUCCUCGACAAUGAAGCCCUUUACGACAUCUGCUUUAGGACCCUCAAGCUCAGCACCCCAAGCUUUGGCGAUCUGAACCACCUGAUCUCGGCAACCAUGAGCGGUGUCACGUGCUGCCUCCGUUUCCCGGGGCAGCUCAACUCUGACCUCCGGAAGCUUGCCGUCAACCUCAUCCCUUUCCCCCGCCUACAUUUCUUCAUGGUCGGUUUUGCCCCUCUCACGUCCCGCGGCUCCCAGAACUACAUAUCCCUCACUGUCCCCGAGCUGACUCAGCAGAUGUGGGACGCCAAAAACAUGAUGUGCGCUGCCGACCCGCGCCACGGCCGAUACCUGACGGCCUCCGCCAUGUUCCGAGGCAAGAUGAGCACGAAAGAGGUGGACGAGCAGAUGCUGAACGUCCAGAACAAGAACUCGUCCUACUUUGUGGAGUGGAUCCCAAACAACGUGAAGUCGAGCGUUUGUGACGUGGCCCCCACAGGCCUUCGGAUGGCUUCCACGUUCGUGGGGAACUCGACUUCCAUACAGGAGAUGUUCCGGAGGGUGAGCGAACAGUUCACGGCCAUGUUCCGGAGGAAGGCUUUCUUGCACUGGUACACGGGGGAAGGGAUGGACGAGAUGGAGUUCACGGAGGCAGAGAGUAAUAUGAAUGACUUGGUGGCAGAGUAUCAGCAGUAUCAGGAUGCGACUGCUGACGACGAGGAGUAUGAAGCCGAGGAGGAGGAGGAGGAGGAAGGUGGUGAGGAGCAUUACUGA